AAGUGCUUAUUGUUUCAGUUUCAUAAUGACCUGAAAGAAGAAAUAGUAAACUUUAAACCUAUCCAAGGUUCGAAUGUAAGCGAGGCUCGAAUCUUGAUGACAGGACCGGUUGGUGCUGGAAAGUCCAGCUUCUUCAAUACUAUCGAUUCAAUUUACCGCGGGCGAAUCACACAGCGAGCUGGCAGCGGAAGUUCAGAGCACAGUCUCACCACUGCAUUUGUUCCGUAUUCUAUCGAAAUUAGUUCUGGGGCUACCUUGAACUUCCGGUUGUGUGAUACACGUGGUCUAGAAGAAUCUAUGGGUAUUGAUGUACUAGAGUGUAACUAUCUACUAGAUGGAAACAUACCGUACUACUACGAGUUUAACCCUACGAGACCAAUUACUCCAGAAUCUCCUGGGUUCAAAUCUGACCCUACUGGGAAUGACAAAGUUCAUUGUGCUGUGUUUGUAAUUGACUCUACAACAUUAGAGGUGUUGUCAACAAAAAUUGUUGAGAAAAUGAAAGGACUCCGUGGAGUUAUGAAUCAAAAAGGAAUACCACAACUUAUUCUCCUGACAAAGGUAGACAAGCUCUGUGAUUACGUUGAGACGGACGUGGCUCAGGUUUUCUACAGUACAAAAGUAAAAGAAGCCGUAGAUAAAGCUUCACUACUAUUGGGUCUCCCACGUGCUAACAUACUUCCGGUUAAGAAUUACGAAAACGAGGCUGAGCUUGACGACAACGUUGAUAUACUUGCUCUGUUGGCUCUACGUAAAAUGCUUCAUUGUUCUGAAGAUUUCAUGCUGAACAUGAAACACAGGGAGAAAGAUGUUGAAGUCGAAAUGGGAAAACUGAAACUUGAAAAGUGACAUGUGAAACUUUACAAAAAAAAAAUGAAAGAAAAAAGAAAGGCUGUAUAAUGUACGCAUAACAUAAAAUUCUUGUUGCAUAUUAAUAACUUAACGAAAACAAAAAUAUUUUGAAAAUGUACAAUAAUGGAACUAGACUAAUUGUGAAAAUGUACCUAUAUUUACAUGUACAUGUAUGUCCUUGCAACAUAUUUGCACAUUUAGUGUUAACCCAUUUUAUUGUAUAUGUGUAUAUGUACCGGUGCACACACAAGCACACGCAUGCACACUCACAUGCACGCGCGCACAUAUAUACACAUUCGAUGUCACAGUAAUGUGCAAUAAUACAUAAAAACAUUUGCACAUUAAGUGUAAUCCCAUUUUUAUUUGUAUAUAUGUACCGGUGCACACACAGGCACAUGCAUGCACACACACAAUAAAAUGCAAUAAUACAUAAUAACAUAAAUGUAAAUAUGCAAAAAGGUUGGGGCAAAAGUUUAACAACAUAAACAAGGCCCCUCUAUUGUUUUAAUGUAGUUCAAAGAUGCUUUAUUACAACAAGAAUUAUGUAAAGUACUACAUUUGUUUAAACUGAGUCAUAUAUAUGCAAAAAAAGACAACAUUACAAUUCGUAGAAAAUUAUAACAUUUUAACUCUUUAAUGUUUAUGAAUCAACAUCAUAAGGUAUCGUUUUUGGCAAAUGGUAACAAAAUUUAUUUCACAACAUAUAAAGGUAACCAAUGAACUUCAAGCGUUUGCACCAUUUGAUGUCCCUAUUUAAAUCAUUGCUUCAAUUUUCCCUCGUUUUCCCUCGUUUUCAAUUUCCGAGGUAGAAAAUUUCAUAGUAAUUCAUCAUUGUACUUUGUCGAGCCUAGUUUUAUUCAUCUGUGGCCAUAUAAUUCAAAUCAAAAGUUCAAAAUUAAA